AUGGUAUCUUUACGCCCCUUGUCCCGUUCUCUCCCUAUCGCUUCCCGAGCUGCCCUCUUUUCAACUUGUUCCGCUGCCUCAGCUCGUCCUGCUUCACUUCGAGCUGCCGGUUUCGCCAACAAGCUGUCUACGUCACCUCUGUCUUCUGCGAAGCCACGCUUCCUGCCAUCAUCGAUGCGUGCGCUGACAACCGCGCGUGAAAAGGUCAAAGUUCUCCUCUGUACCUACGACGGCGGCCAGCACGCCAAGGAUGUUCCUGAACUUCUUGGUACGACUGAGAAUGAACUUGGCCUUAGGAAAUGGCUCGAGGACCAGGGCCACACUCUCGUCACCACAUCAGACAAGGAGGGUGUCAAUUCCAAGUUCGAGCAGGAACUUGUAGAUGCCGAAGUUAUCAUUACCACGCCUUUCCACCCUGGCUACCUGAAAAAAGAUCGCCUUGCCAAGGCUAAGAAGCUGAAGCUCGCUAUCACUGCGGGUAUCGGCUCAGACCACGUCGACCUUGACCUUGCCAACAAGACUAACGGCGGUAUUACGGUCGCCGAAGUCACUGGCAGUAAUGUCGUCUCUGUUGCUGAGCACGUUAUUAUGACCAUCUUGGUAUUGAUUCGAAAUUUUGUCCCCGCCCACGAGCAGGUGGAGCGAGGUGACUGGGAUGUUGCGGCCGUCGCCAAGCAGGAAUAUGACCUGGAGAACAAGGUCGUUGGUACCCUUGGUGUCGGUCGUAUCGGCGAGCGCGUUUUGCGACGACUCAAGCCGUUUAACUGCAAGCUCCUUUACCACGACUACCAGCCUCUGAGCACUGAGAAGGAGGAAGAACUCGGCUGUGACCUUGUGAGCUUUGAUGAUUUGCUAAAACGGUGUGACGUUCUUACUAUCAACUGCCCUUUGCAUAGUGAGACAGAAGACCUGUUUAAUGAGGACAAGAUUGCCUUGAUGAAACCUGGCUCAUACCUCAUCAACACUGCCCGUGGCGGUAUUAUUGUGGCAAAAGACGUCGCCGCGGCCCUCGAGUCUGGCCACCUAGCCGGUUACGGCGGUGAUGUGUGGUACCCUCAGCCCGCCGCCCCGAACCACCCACUGCGAACCGCCAAGAACCCGUUUGGAGGUGGCAACGCCAUGGUCCCCCACAUGUCUGGAACUUCGCUUGAUGCUCAGAAGCGCUAUGCCGAGGGUACCAAGGCUAUUCUUCAAAGCUACUUGAGCGGCAAGCAUGACUACCGUCCCGAGGACUUGAUUGUUCACAAGGGCAGCUAUGCUACCAGAGCCUACGGCAAUGACAAGAAAACAUCUUGA